AAAACAUUUUGCGAAAUAUAUGGAGCUAUUCUGCUGCUCGUUGUACGCGUUAGAGCUACGAAGAUUUAAACAUUAAUUACUUCACUGCAAAGCAAAAGAACUAAUUCAAAACUUUGUAACAAGAUGGUCCUCUGUGCACUGAGGCGACGUCUCCUGAGGAGCACCAGCCGCUGUGGACUCUGGACCAGGCUGCUGCAGACACAGAGCAGUGGCUGUGUUUACUCCAGCAUCCAUGGCUUCAACCAGGAGGAGAUCAGAGAGAAGCUGCAGGCCUUUCCUGGAGGCUCCGUCGAUCUGUUGAAACAGGACUCUGGCAUAGCUGUGCUGACCAUCAACAACCCGUCUCGCAUGAAUGCUUUCUCCGGGAGUAUGAUGGUGGAUCUGGAGGACAGGGUGACCCAGCUGGAAAACUGGACAGACGGCAAAGGCCUCAUUGUUCAUGGUGCUGCUGAAACGUUCUGCUCUGGGUCAGAUCUCAACGCUGUGCGGGCAAUAUCUAACCCACAGGAUGGGAUGAAAAUGUGUAUGUUCAUGCAGAAUGCUCUUACACGUUUGCUCAGGCUGCCUCUCAUCUCUGUCGCUGUGGUGGAGGGGAGAGCGCUGGGAGGAGGCGCAGAACUCACCACUGCCUGUGAUUUCAGAUUGAUGGCACCAGGCAGCGUGAUCCAGUUCGUCCAUAAACACAUGGGUCUGGUUCCAGGCUGGGGUGGUGCCGCAAGACUUGUCCACAUUGUCGGAAGCCAGAACGCUCUGAAACUGCUCGGCGGCGCUGUCAAAGUGGACCCUGAACUUGGCCUGCACAUCAGACUGGCAGAUGGAGUCCUGGAGGCCUGUCAGGAAGAAGGAGCUGCAGGCGCUGUUUUACAGCAGGCCGAAAACUGGCUCAGUCGAUACACGAAAGGACCUGCUCCUGUGAUUCAGGCUGUGAAGAAAGUAGUGUUGUCAGGAAGAGAGCUCCCCCUGUCAGAGGCUCUGAGGACUGAGAAGGAUGUAUUUGGGACGGUGUGGGGCGGGCCGGCUAACCUGCAGGCUCUGGCCAGCAAGUCCAAACACAAAUGACCUGGUUUGAAUUUCUCUAAGAACGGCUCAGGUCACCAGAGAGAAACUGAGAUGCUGGUUAAAGCUGUUUUAUAAAGUGCCACACAGAACUGUUAAAGUACGCUGGCUGCUUUAUUGUCUCAAGAACACUGUUGAUGAGAAAUCACUCAUUGUAACAUUCUGUAUUUUGUCUGACAUCUCUAGGGUGUGUGACGUAUUCCAGUUAUUCACAUGUGUGGGAGACGAGAUGCAAAUAUAUAAACACACUCACUAGAAAUGACUAAUACUGUAAAUAAGAGUAUUUUGUUCCUUUUGUUUUAGAUUUUAGAAACUGAUUCUAGUUACAUGUUGCUGACGUAAAAUCAUUUUCCUUCACUGUAUAGUCUGACCCUGUAAAUUAGGGCUUGUUUCAUCCAGACUUUAAGAAGAACAAAAAAAGACAAAACAUGGCAUUACAUUUGUCUAAAUCCUCCGUCUGGGUCAAACAAAUGAGGUCUGUCUUGCUCCCACGUCUCCUGGCAGUCUGAUUAUGGUAAUGUUUAGAUAAUUUCAGGCUUACGGUCUAACUGAAGCAGACGGACACUGAUGAGGUAUAACGAGCGUGAGGUAUCAGCAUCUGUCAGCAGACCUGGGAGUAAUGCUGCUGUACAGCUUUCCUCUUUCACCUGCCGUGUUUUGUUAGCUCAGCUGUUCUUUCAGAUUCCUCUGAGCUCACAAUGCCGUGACUCUCCCUGUCAGGUCCUGUAAGUAUCGGACACGAUCCGUCUGAUUUUGUACUUUGCUCUGUGUUUCUCAUUUCUACAUGGACGACACUGAAAAUUGCUGAAGCACUGGGCCUCAUUAAAAUGAAGUGCGUCACCA